GAUGCGACCCGAUCAUCAUUCCAUACGACAAUCUCGUACUGGGCGCUUGCUUUUUUAUAACAAUAACAAUGCUAUUAAUAUUGUCUUGUCUUUAUUUGAUAAGCUCUGUGUUGACCGCUGAAUUUACGUUGCCAGGAGAAUGUCCAGUUGUCAAGAUACAAGAGAAUUUGGACUAUACAAAGUUUUCAGGUCUAUGGUACAACGUAGCUAGUUAUGCAAGCGAUGGUCGACCAAUCUAUGACUGCGCUACUCUAGAUUUCCAAGAGGACAACCUAGGAUAUACGCUUAGAGAGAAAUACAUUGAUAUGGACCAAGGCAAUCGCACUCAGAAGUCAUAUUUCGCUCGAGUUGAUCCAACAUUUGACGCUGGAAAUAAAGCGCAAUUUAUCGUUAGUCAUGAAGACGGAGAUAAAGUUCUACAGUUUCCAUUCUUCAUUCUAUCUACUGAUUACGAGGGAUACGCUAUUGCCUACACUUGCAAGACUUUGAAAAAGAAGCAACGCACACAUUAUGUAUUUACAUGGGUCUUAGCUCGGAGCAAGGACAAAUUACAAGGCGACGUUCUGAAGAAGGUCGAGGAUUCACUUUCAAAAUAUUCAGAGCUAGCUGAACACAGACAGUCUUUUGUUCUCAAAGAAUUCUCUGAACAAAACUGCGCGUAUACUAACAAAUUUGAAACAGAUUAUUUUACAAGCAACUUUUGGUAGAUUAUGUGAUUAUGUUGACAUUUUCUUAUUCU